GUUCAGGCCAGGAMAGCUGCGCAGCCGCAGUAGCUCCGCCCUCCUCGACCCACAACACUACUGCUGCAGUUCCUCACAGCGGAUUGAAGCUCCCUGCAGAAAUACUCCAGCUGCCACAGCCUUUCUGUCACUGAGUUCUCGCGUGUCUUAUGCGGCGGAUUAAUUAUCGAAUGACGGUCAAUAUGGAUUAAUAAUCAGAUUAAUGUUUGCAGCAGGAGGACGGCUCUGGACGCCGCUGCUUCCACAUUAGCUCUGCAGCAGCGGCAGCGAUGUUUCCGGCGCUGCGGACGUUGUUCCUCUCAGGUGCUCGGUGCUGGGAUGCCGACAGUGAGCGGUCCUACCAGGACCUGUUCGAUCGCCUCGAUACCAACAAGGAUGGCAAGGUGGACGUGGCCGAGCUGCGAGCGGGCCUCAAGGCGAUGGGAAUAUUCCGCCACGGCGCCGCGCAGAAAAUUGUGUUAACUGGAGACCAAAACAAUGAUGGGUGUUUGGACUUUAACGAGUUCACCAAAUAUCUGAAAGAUCACGAGGUGAAGCUGAGGCUCACAUUCAGAAGUCUGGACAGGAAUGGUGAUGGACGCAUUGAUGCCUCAGAGAUCCAGCAGUCCCUUGCAGAGCUGGGCAUACACAUCUGCAGGGAGGACGCUCAGAAGAUUUUGCAGAGCAUGGACAUCGACGGGUCCAUGAUGGUGGACUGGAACGAGUUCAGAGAACACUUCCUCCUGUACCCUGCCUUCAACCUGGAAGAGAUCAUCCGCUACUGGAAGCACUCCUCGGUGCUGGACAUAGGUGACAGCCUCUCCAUCCCGGAUGAGUUCACCGAGGAGGAGAAGAGCUCAGACGUUUGGUGGAAGCAGCUGGUUGCCGGUGCGGUGGCAGGCGCCGUCUCCCGCACCGGCACCGCCCCGCUGGACAGACUGAAAGUCUUCAUGCAGGUCCAUUCUUCCAAGGUCAACAGGAUCGGUCUCAUUGGAGGCUUCAGGCAGAUGAUCGUGGAGGGGGGUCUGACCUCGCUGUGGAGAGGAAAUGGAAUCAAUGUUUUGAAGAUCGCACCCGAGACGGCCAUCAAGUUCAUGGCUUAUGAACAGUAUAAGAAGUUGCUGUCAUCAGAAGGAAAGAAGAUUGAGACUCAUAAGAGGUUUAUCGCUGGCUCUAUGGCUGGAGCCACAGCACAGACUGCCAUCUACCCAAUGGAGGUACUAAAGACCCGCCUGACCCUGAGGAAAACCGGUCAGUAUGCAGGAAUGUUUGACUGUGCUAAGAAGAUCCUGAGGAAGGAGGGUGUCAUCGCUUUCUAUAAGGGCUACAUUCCAAACCUAAUUGGCAUCAUUCCCUACGCGGGGAUCGACCUAGCUGUUUAUGAGACUCUAAAGAACGCCUGGCUGUCGUAUCACGCCAAAGACUCAGCGAACCCCGGAGUUCUGGUGUUGUUGGGCUGCGGGACCAUCUCCAGUACCUGCGGCCAGCUGGCCAGCUAUCCUCUCGCCCUGAUCCGCACACGGAUGCAAGCGCAAGCGUCUCUGGAUGUGUCAGACCAGCCCUCCAUGAGUUCUCUGUUGAGGACGAUUGUAGCCAAAGAUGGUUUCUUUGGGCUCUACCGUGGCAUUCUGCCAAACUUCAUGAAAGUCAUUCCUGCUGUCAGCAUUAGCUACGUGGUUUACGAGCACAUGAAGACCAGCUUGGGGGUAACAAAAUGAUGACAGCAGACAAUGUAAGAGGAACAUUCUCAGCAUUUAUCAAACUUUAAAAUGCCUGAAAAAAAAAAAGUCCAAAACGACUGACGGACGUCAAACCCACAGAGCAUGACUUCAUGGACUGGAAGGUUGUAUGUUUUUAUAAGUUGCCUGCUGAGUAGUGUUUUAAUCAGAUGUGGUGUGCAUGCUUUAUUUAUUAUCUUAAAGUUGCACAUUACACACUUCCUUUCUUUACACACAAACCAAAAAAAUGCUUGACACAUUUCAGCCGAUAGGCUGUAGUAAAAAAACUGUUUUAUUUAUGAUACUGUUCUUCCUUCUUUUAAGUGUUGUGAAAAAAAGACACUAUUUGUCUCGUUUUUAGUGUAAAGAGGAGACUUAUUUUCUGCAGAGAAGUCUAGAUCUCAUCACAAGCCACGUCUGUCUCAGACUGAGAAAAGAAACACUAUAUCUGCUGAGCUGCGCACUCGGCCACACACUGGAGAUAAAUAAUUUCACACUUUUUGAUUUUGAAGCACCUGCUCUGGAGGAACUUUACACUAUCAGAGGAGCAGCGCUCUGACCAGCAGCUGCCAGCGAAAACAAAACCAGGCCUCAAAAAAUAAAAAAAAUACUUUUUAACACUGGAAGAGCGUGUAUGUGUGUAAAGACACACACAUGUGCAAUGUGAAAACAACUAUUCUUUGUAAUCAUUUCGAUGUGCCUUACAGCCUCUCGAUGCAAACUUUGAAGAUGAGUUUUUAUUAGUUGUAUAUACUGUAUUUAUGUACUGUACAUCUAAAUGUUUUUGCUUAUUUAUUGGACUCGUUGAUUAAAACCGGUUAUUCCUAGACUGAGAUGCCUGCAAAAAUCACAUAUUUUUUGUCAUGUGUGGCUUCUUUUUGACAGACAUACACCUCAGGCUUUUAUUAUUUACAGAUAGCUCAGCGUUUUCUCUUUGUGCUGUCACGUCUUAAAGGAAUUAACUGAACAUUUGAAGCUAUAAAGCGCAAGGAUAAUUUUAUGUACUUUUCAGACAGUUGGUGUAAAAAUUGGACCUCGUAUGCACAUUUCAAACCGCUACAACAAUGUAUGAUUGCCUAUUUAUAAACCGAAGCUAGCAUUUACAUGACAGAAAGCCUGGUUGCAUAAUGCACAUAAUUUUAGACUUGGCAGCUAAUGAGCUCCUGUUCAUUUAAACAAAGUACUUAUGGAAGCUCUAAUGACACGUUAGUCUUUUAAGUUGGGAUCUGUACUUUUUUUACUGAACAUUUUAUUGAUAUACCAGUUAUUUUUUGUUUGUUUUACUUGUCCCUCAAUUAAAUAUGAAACCUGCUUGAGAAAGUUUGAAAUCUGCAUGCACUAUUUGUGUAAUAACUCAUAAUUAUAGCUUGACUUGCAGCUUGAAGACAUGAAAGAGACAAAUGUGGUGCUUUUUAAAUUUCUCUUCUUCAUAAAGAGAGUUUCAAAGUUUGUUUGUGAAAAAAAUAAACAUUUUUGCAAAGCUUUAAAGCCAAAUAUCAA